AUGGAGCCAUCUCCGUAUAACAACUCCUUGGCAACCCUGCCAGGGGGAGACCAGAAGUCGAUAGGGUCCUCCUAUUCCACCACCACUGUCGAGCAAGACACCUCAAAGCCCACAACCAGAGCUGGCGGUCCAAAGGAUCCCGACAGCUGGCCACUGAAGCACAAAGUCGAAGCCAUCAAGGAACGCGAUGUGCGGUCCGGCUUCAAGCCCCGCGAGCUCGGCGUGACAUGGAAAGACAUCAACGUCGAAGUCGUCGGCGCCGACUCCGCCAUCAAUGAAAAUGCCGCUUCUCAAUUCAACAUCCCCAAGAAAGUGAUGGAAUCACGCCGGAAGCGACCCCUAAAGACCAUUCUAAAUGACAGCCAUGGCUGUGUCAAGCCCGGAGAGAUGUUGCUCGUCUUGGGUCGACCUGGCUCUGGAUGCACUACCUUGCUCAACAUACUCGCCAACCGACGAAAGGGAUAUGCUGGCGUCUCGGGUGACGUCUGGUAUGGAUCCAUGACACCUGAAGAGGCAGCUCAUCAUCGAGGGCAGAUUGUCAUGAACACAGAAGAAGAACUCUUCUUCCCCACCUUGACUGUGGGCCAGACCAUGGACUUUGCAACCAAGCUCAAAGUACCACACCAUCUGCCAAACGACGUGGCUUCGAAACAAGAUUUGAGGUUGGAGACCAAGGAUUUCCUGCUCGAGUCCAUGGGCAUCCAGCAUACAAACGACACAAUGGUCGGCAACGAGUACGUCCGUGGCGUCUCCGGAGGAGAGCGUAAGCGUGUCUCGAUUAUCGAAACCCUCGCUACUCGAGGCUCCGUCUAUUGCUGGGACAACAGCACUCGCGGUCUCGAUGCCAGCACUGCGCUGAGCUAUACCAAGGCCGUCCGCGCCAUGACCGAUGUGCUUGGCCUGGCGUCUAUUGUCACCUUGUACCAGGCAGGAAACGGUAUUUAUGAUCUGUUCGACAAGGUCCUCGUCUUGGAUGCCGGCAAACAGGUAUACUAUGGUCCGAUGAAAGAAGCGCGCCCCUUUAUGGAGAACCUUGGCUUCGUGUGCCGUGAUGGCUCCAAUGUUGCCGACUAUUUGACCGGUGUCACGGUGCCAACAGAACGCCUGGUUCGCGAGGGAUACGAGAAUAGAUUCCCCCGCAAUGCCGACAUGCUGCUGGAAGAAUACAAAAAGUCUCCCAUAUACCCCCGUAUGACCGCCGAGUACGACUACCCGACGAGCGAAGAGGCUCGCGAACGCACUCGCGCAUUCAAAGAGUCGAUCGCAUACGAGAAGCACCCUCAACUCCCCAAGUCCAGUCCCUUGACAAUCAGCUUUGCGGCACAGGUGAAUGCUGCCGUGAGUCGUCAAUACCAAAUUAUCUGGGGAGACAAGGCGACCUUUUUGAUCAAACAAAUCUCCACCCUCGCACAGGCCUUGAUUGCAGGCUCUCUCUUCUACAACGCCCCGGAUAACAGUGCUGGUCUUUUCGUCAAGUCCGGUGCCCUGUUCUUCUCUUUGCUUUAUAACAGUCUGCUGGCCAUGAGUGAAGUCACUGAUUCAUUCACUGGUCGGCCGGUGCUGAUCAAACACAAAUCCUUUGCAUACUACCACCCGGCGGCUUUUUGCAUUGCCCAAAUCACGGCCGACAUUCCCAUUCUGAUUUUCCAGAUUUCCAUCUUCGCACUGGUCUUGUAUUUCAUGGUCGGCUUGACCAUGAGUGCGGGUGCCUUUUUCACAUACUGGGUCAUCCUCUUUGCAACAACAAUGUGCAUGACAGCACUGUUUCGAGCAAUAGGCGCUGCCGCUGCGACAUUCGAUGCUGCUUCAAAGGUCUCUGGAUUCGUCAUUACUGCCUCCAUCAUGUACGUUGGAUAUAUGAUCAAGAAGCCCGACAUGCAUCCAUGGUUUGUCUGGCUCUAUUGGAUCGACCCGCUUGCAUACGGGUUCGAAGCUCUGCUUGGCAAUGAGUACAAAGGAAAGAUAUUGCCCUGCAUCGCUAACAAUCUUGUUCCCAAUGGCCCCGGGUACCUGGACCCUCUCCAUCAGUCUUGUGCCGGCGUCGGAGGCGCCAUUCAGGGCGAGGUCACUGUUACUGGUGAAGCAUAUCUCAGGUCCAUGUCCUACAGCGAGUCGCACAUCUGGCGCAACUUUGGAAUCCUUUGGGCCUGGUGGGUACUGUACGUCGCCAUCACCGUCAUCUGCACUACUCGCUGGAAGGCCUCGUCUGAAAACGGUCCCUCGCUACUGAUCCCGCGUGAAAACCUCCACAUUGUUCAAGAGAAGCUGGCGCUCGAUGAAGAAACCCAGUCGCAAGGAAAGACCGUUGCUACAAACAGCUCCUCUAACUCGGUCACAGAAAAGGGCGAUAAUGAUAUUGACAAAAACCUGAUCCGCAACACCUCGGUCUUCACCUGGAAAGAUUUAUCGUACACGGUCAAGACGCCUACCGGCGAUCGCGUGCUGCUUGACAACGUUCAGGGCUGGGUCAAGCCAGGCAUGUUGGGUGCUCUGAUGGGCUCUUCCGGUGCUGGUAAAACCACAUUGCUGGACGUGUUGGCUCAACGCAAGACUCAGGGUACCAUCCGAGGAUCAAUCAUGGUUGACGGACGUGACCUUCCGGUUUCUUUCCAGCGUUCUGCAGGUUACUGCGAGCAACUUGACGUCCACGAGCCGUUUGCUACUGUCCGCGAGGCACUGGAAUUUUCGGCUUUGCUUCGUCAAUCCCGCGACGUCUCACGAGAGGAAAAGCUCAAGUAUGUCGAUGUCAUCAUCAAUCUUUUGGAACUACACGACAUUGCCGACACACUCAUUGGUAAAGUCGGUGCUGGUCUGUCGGUCGAGCAGCGCAAGCGAGUCACUAUUGGUGUCGAGUUGGUAGCCAAACCAAGCAUUCUGAUCUUCCUGGACGAGCCUACUUCUGGUCUUGAUGGACAAUCUGCUUACAACACGGUGCGUUUCUUGAGAAAGCUUGCCGAUGUUGGACAGGCUGUCCUUGUCACGAUCCACCAGCCCUCUGCCCAGCUCUUCGCCCAAUUCGACACUCUCUUGCUCCUGGCCAAGGGCGGAAAGACCGUGUACUUUGGAGACAUUGGCGACAAUGGCUCGACUAUCAAGGAGUACUUUGGCCGCUACGGAGCCCCCUGCCCUGCUGAAGCCAACCCGGCUGAGCAUAUGAUUGACGUCGUCUCGGGCGAGCUGUCACAGGGUCGCGACUGGAACAAGGUCUGGCUCGAGUCUCCAGAGCACGAGAAAACAAGCAAAGAACUGGACAACAUCAUCGCCGAUGCUGCUGCCAAACCACCGCAGACUCAGGAUGACGGAAACGAGUUUGCCAUGACCCUCUGGGACCAGACCAAGAUUGUCUCGAACCGGAUGAACGUCGCUAUGUUCCGCAACACGGACUAUGUUAACAACAAGAUCAUGCUGCACAUCUUCACUGCCCUGUUCAAUGGGUUCUCGUUCUGGAUGAUCGGUGACACCAUCGGCGACCUCCAACUACGCCUGUUCACCGUCUUCAACUUUAUUUUCGUCGCUCCUGGUGUCAUUGCUCAACUGCAGCCGCUGUUUAUCGAACGCCGCGACAUCUACGAGGCCCGCGAACGCAAGUCCAAGAUGUACUCGUGGAUAGCCUUUGUCACUGGCCUCGUGGUGUCCGAACUACCGUAUCUCUGCAUCUGUGCUGUGCUGUACUUUGUCUGCUGGUACUACACCGUCGGUUUCCCAACUGACUCGAACAAGUCGGGCGCCGUCUUCUUCGUGAUGCUUCUGUACGAGUUCGUCUACACGGGGAUUGGUCAGUUCAUCGCCGCAUAUGCGCCCAAUGCUGUCUUUGCCACGCUCGCGAACCCGGUUGUCAUUGGAACCCUGGUGUCUUUCUGUGGUGUGUUGGUGCCGUAUACCCAGAUCCAGGCGUUUUGGCGGUACUGGAUGUACUAUCUCAACCCGUUUAACUACCUGAUGGGCAGUCUGCUCACGUUCACCAUUUGGGAUGCCGAGGUCAACUGCGCAGAGGGCGAGUUUGCCAUCUUCGACCCGGCCAACGGUACCUGUGGUGAAUAUCUCGCCCCUUAUCAGCAGGGAAUGGGUAUGUUGUCGCAUCUGGUUAAUCCCAACGAUACCUCCGCUUGCAAGGUGUGCCAGUACGGGUCCGGUAGUGAUUAUCUCAAGACGAUCAACCUGAAAGAGUACUACUACGGAUGGCGUGACGCGGGUAUUGUGGCCAUCUUUGCCGUCUCCUCGUACGCCUUGGUCUAUUUGUUGAUGAAGCUGCGGACCAAGUCGUCCAAGAAGGCCGAAUAA